AUGGCUACCAAACGAUUUUACUUGUGCGGAGAUUCCUCUACAGCCCAAGAUAUUGAGCUCCCUUCAUCAUUGGAUGAGCAGUCUCUUCAGCAUCUUGUGGCUUCUCACUUUGCUAUUGUUGAUCCAAAUGGCAUUGGGUUCAUCAACCAGUCCGAGGCCUUGACAACAGUCGCAGAUGUCCUCGCAGCUGAGGAUGUAGCCAUCACCAUUGAUGGCAAGGCCGUUCGGGAAGUCCCCGGUCCAAAGGGUCUUCCAUUCGUUGGGAAUUACUUUGAGGUGUAUCCAGACCAUCUCGGCAAUCAUCAGCGAUUAUUCGAAAAGUAUGGCCCUCUUUUCAAGACCACCAACAUGGGCAGCACCAUCUACCACACCAAUGACCCUGCCCUGGCCAACAUUGUCUUUGGAGAGACCGACUUUUUCUCCAAGCGGAUCAUUGAAGGCCAUCCUCUUUUCCCCAUCAAGAACACGGAAGCCGGAGUUUUUCUUGGAGACACGGAUACGCCAGAGUGGAAAGAGGUGCACAAAUUUUUACCUCCAGCUUUGGGUCCCAAGGCUGUGAGACAUUACGCGCCCACCAUGCAAAAGACCGUCGAGGAUGCGUUCAAAGUGUUUGAUGAACUCGACGAGCGUGACGAGGCUUGGAACGUGUAUCCAUACAUGCUCAAGCUUGGCUCACAAGCCGUUGGAAAGCUUGUGCUAGGUAUGGACUUCAAGCACUUUACCGCUGUUGACGCGCGUCCACAUGAAAUGGUUUUGAGAAUCGCUCAAUCUCUUGAGCUGAACAAAAAGAUCACCUCCAUGGGAAGCUGGUACCGAAACAUGCCAUUCGGCGAUCCCCAACGUCUUCGUGAAGCUCGAGCACGCAUGGAGACAAUGAUGGAAGAAUCGGUAGCGAAUGCCUCAAAAGGUGUUGGAGAUUUGGACCUUCAAGACGCUGCUCUUCAAGCAGAGAACAUGGUCGACUAUGUUCUUCGUGCAAGUGACAGCAAGGGCAACAAGCUACCACGGAAUCGCAUCAUGGAGCCUCUUGUUGUUGCUACUGGUGCUGGCUUCACUACAACAAGCUCACUUUUGUCUUGGCUCCUCUACGGUCUUGUCGUCUAUCCCGGUAUGCAAGAGCGUCUCCUGCAAGAGCUUGUGGACAAUGGUUUUGAUGAUGACACACAAAUCACUGCUGAUGUAACCAACAAACUCAGCUUCCUCGACAAGUACAUCAAGGAGACGCAAAGACGACAUAACCCAUCUUAUCAGCCGGCACGCACAGCAGCAGUCGACUUGAUUUUACCCGGCGGUUACAGAAUCCCCAAAGACGCCAUCGUCAUCCCUGCCCUACACCACAUCCACAACAACACCAAGAUCUGGGACAACCCAGCACUCUUCGACCCUGAUCGCUGGGACACUGAACGCGUCAAGAACCGACCAAACGCUUCAUACAUCCCUUUCGCCACUGGCCCACGCAUGUGUGUCGGUUUCAACUUUGCUCUGCAAGAAGUCAAGGUGUUUCUACCAAAGCUUGUGUAUCGAUACAAGUUUAGCCUGGCUCAGGAUGGCCCGGUUGAAUAUGAUCCCAUGUUUCAGCUCAUUCGGCCAAACAAUUUG